AGAUACCUUCUUUCCUACCUACACGAACACCUCAACUCCUUCAGGUACCUUAUUUUCCAUCUGAAUCUUUGACCCUUCCUGAAGAUUCGUGGAAUUGCACAGUAGCACAACCGCUCUCAAAUUCGACGUUUGACGUUGCAGCGCCGCCGUGAGCGACCAUCAUGGGCCAGAAUGAGGACCUGAAGGCGAACCCGCCGUGCCAUCCUCGUGCUUGCGCUAUUCAGGACUGCUUAACCAAACAUGGGUACAAGGAGGAGAAGUGCCAGUCGGUGAUUACAGCCUUAUAUGAGUGUUGCGAGGCUUUUUACCAGUCAAAAGGAGACGACGCUGUGUCGGCAAGCUGUCCCAAGCCGGAUCUGCUUCGACUGAAAUUGACGAGGAUGCGCGAGGAGUCGCGCAACGCCUCUCCCAAAAAGUAGUCAUUAGGAUGCUGAAAUGUACACUCUUCCAUAGACAUACGUUAACCUGAGUAGAGAGAUCUGGUAACAUUCAAGAAAGAGAGAAUUCUUCUAGGCAUUCGUUGAGCGCGCUAAGAGACCCCUUGGGAUCUGAACAAGCAUUGAGUGCUUAUUCCGAGACUCUAAUACAAAAGCCUUGACAUUGAAGAAGAAAAAGAGAAAGAAAAUUCAAAGAAAAUUUCCAACAGUGUGUGUUGAUAAAGGC